CUUUGAUUAUUUAGACAUGUGUAUUAUUCUUUUAAUUCAUUAUUUUAAAUGGACUUCCCAGGUUCUCUAAUGAACUUGCGUUGUGUCUGAAUGGAGUAGAGUUUAUCUUUCAGCUCUGCUGCAUGAGUGGGGCUGUUCUAAAGCAGAGAUUAGUGAGGAGUUGGUUGCCUUCACCCCCCAUCAAAUCGUGGGAAACCAGUUGUGAUUUAGCCACUUACAUGAUUUUUAUGCAUGUAUUGACUCCUGGGCAAAGGAUGAGAUGAUCCUAGAUUUUUGUACCUCAGGUAACAGGACAUUUUCAUAAAGAAACCUUUCUUAAAACUGAAAGUUGCUUUCUUGGUGUCGGUGGAUUUGAAUAAUAAAUCUAUACACUGAGAACUAUUUCUUCCCUGUACACAGGAGAUAUGUGGGAUGGGGUGAUCUGUCAACUUGAGGUUGUUCUCGAGCUCUUUGGCUCUCUAGGAUAAGAAAUUUAUGUACACUAGAGGCUUACUAUUCUGUCUGUGUUGGUAUCAUUUGCAACUUGAAUAAAAAAUUGAUGUUCAGUAUCCUCAUCCAUACCAAUCCAGAAUAACAGAGUCCAUAUCAAUUCUAGGUUGCCCCCCACCCCAGUUUUUUGUCAGAUAUGGAUCAAGGCACAUAUUUUGAAGCCAAACCAGUUACUACAGCAUUUGUAUAAACUACACUAAUUACUUCUUUGUUAAGUACCUGGUCUAUGGUAAAACUUAUUUUUUUUCAGGAAAUUUCUUCUUUUUCCUUGAGAGAGGAUUCUUAGUUCUCUCUCUACUCUUAGUGUUUUCCUCUACUCCCCUACCCCAAGUGGAUAGGACCAAUCUGUCUAGGGCCUCAAAAUUGCCAGCCACUGUCUCCACAGUCCUUGGGAAAAAGCACUAAACUUCUUGCUGUAAUCUCUGCCACAAAGCAUCUUACUCCAGAGGGUCCCACUGGACUCUCAACCCUUGUUUUGGGCAUGUGUCUGUAUCUUAGGGAUAGAAUCAUAGAGACAGCAUUAGCAUCUUUUCUUGCUGAAUCAGGAUUUAUAGUGGACCUGGAGGUUGUAGUGUGCCAAUGCUACUUUCCAGUAGGCCGCAUUUUGUUGGUGCUGGUAAGCACGUAGUAAGCAAGAUUUUGUCAGUUCACAUCUGAAAAAAAUGUCUGUGGCUGAUGUUGGGGCUUGUGAUAUGCUUAUAUCUAGUUAAAAAUUGAAUUAGUCAACCAUUGGCAAAUUAUCAAAUAGCAUUUUACUCAUAUAUUGUUUUUAAAUGUCUAUAUAGGUUAUUAUAUACUAAUGUAGCAUUAAGAGGACAGUCUUAGGAGUCUGUGGUUCUCAAACUUGAGGAUGCUUAAGGGUCACCUAGGAGUCUUUUUAAAAAUGAAAAUUCCCAGAUCCCCCUACCUCUAAAAAUUCUGAUAGCAGAGUGGUGCCCGUGUGCUUUUUUAACCAGCACCAUGGAUGAUUCUGGGGUGGCCUACUGUGUUGAGAAACACAGAUCUAGAUAUUAGAUGUUAGAAAAUAUCUAUUUAACAAUCAAGCAUUCUGAUUUUGUGAACCAGAGUAUUAUUUAUGUAGUGUUGGAUAAAACGUGUUUCACUGGUAAUAAAGCAAAAAAAUUUACCUUUAAUUCUUUACAUUUUUGCAAAUCAUAACUUUGUAAUCUUAAUGUUUAUAAUAUAUGAGAGAUGCUGCUGAUGAUAAUUUAACAGUUCUUUCAUAUUACAAAAGUUCCAGGAGCCAAAUAUUUAUUUUGUUAAUUAAUUUGUUUCUGUCUCUAGACUCAAUUAUCAGAGCAUUAAAAACCAAUAUAUUAUGUAAAAUGAUCAUGCUACAUUACAAACAGAUUUCCUUCUAUCAUUAGAUAUGUCCUCAGAGUUUAAUGUAGAAUAGUACCUUUAAAAAACUUAGAACCAGUGCUAAUUAAUGUAAACUCCUUCCUGAUAUAGAAAUUCAUGUAUGCAUGACAAAGCUCCUUUAGUAAAAUAAUUAUUUUAAACAAUCAACUAUUGGCAGAGACAAUCCUCUCGUGUUUUUAAAUUCAGUUCAUAUUAAAAUUUAUUUAAGCAGUGAAGAUGCCAUUGGAUUUUACUCCGGACUGUGAUUGAAACUUGAUAAUCCAGGUUUCUCCACCCAGUACCUUAAAUCAGGCAGCCCCAAAGGGUCUUGGUAGUCCAGUGUUUAUAACAUCCUUCUUUACCUGCUAAUCGACCUCACUUCCUGGAUUUCAGUCCGUCUAGUUAUCAGCUAACAAAAGAACAGCUUUUGGUUCCUGCAGAUGCUGGUGAAAAAAUAAUCAUGAGAAAGAAAUCCACCUUAUGCUGUCUUUUUUGUCUGCACGUAUAAACUCAGACAUCAUACAGCUAACAGGUACAGAGGGAAGAUACAAGCUCUUUCAUGGGAAGAAAUUGCAGAGAAAAUGAGCAUCAUUUCUCAAGGUUUUUAUUUUCCCUGAUCUACAAGUGAUGCGGCUGUAAUUCUAGCUGCAGUUUUUACCGGUCAUUCACCACUCAGCAGCUGGUAGAGAAGUAGGACUGCUUGGCAACCACCUGCAGGGCUGCAGAGAUGAAUUACAUUUUCGGGAACAACACACUUCUGUACUCUCGCGCCAGUCGAGGAGGCAAUACUAGCUGUAGCCAUGGCUCAGGAGGCCCAAAGCAGAAACACUGGGCGAAAAAGGGCUCAUCAGAUGAACUGCAGGCUGAGCCAGAACCUUCGCGCUGGCAGCAGAUAGUUGCAUUUUUCACUCGGAGACACAGCUUUAUUGACUGCAUCUCGGUAGCCGCCAGCUCCACCCAGCCAACAGAAGCUGUACCUCCCUCUUCUCCCACUGCCCCUGUGAUCCCUGUCCUGCCAGUCCCUGCUGAGAGUACUGUCAUCCUACCCACCACACCACAGGCGAAUCCUCCUCCAGUACUGGUCAAUACAGAUAGCUUGGAAACACCGACUUAUGUUAAUGGCACUGAUGCAGAUUAUGAAUAUGAAGAAAUCACACUUGAAAGGGGAAAUUCAGGGCUUGGUUUCAGCAUUGCAGGAGGUACAGACAACCCACACAUUGGAGAUGACUCAAGUAUUUUCAUCACCAAAAUUAUUGCAGGGGGAGCAGCUGCCCAAGACGGAAGAUUGCGGGUCAAUGACUGUAUAUUGCGAGUAAAUGAAGUAGAUGUUCGUGAUGUAACACACAGUAAAGCAGUUGAAGCAUUGAAAGAAGCAGGGUCUAUUGUACGAUUGUAUGUAAAAAGACGGAAACCAAUAUCAGAAAAAAUAAUGGAAAUAAAGCUCAUUAAAGGUCCUAAAGGUCUUGGAUUCAGCAUUGCUGGAGGUGUUGGAAAUCAGCAUAUUCCUGGGGAUAAUAGCAUCUAUGUUACCAAAAUAAUUGAAGGAGGUGCAGCACAUAAAGAUGGUAAACUUCAAAUUGGAGAUAAACUUUUAGCAGUGAAUAGUGUGUGUUUAGAAGAAGUUACUCAUGAAGAAGCAGUAACCGCCUUAAAGAACACAUCUGAUUUUGUUUAUUUGAAAGUGGCAAAACCCACAAGUGUGUAUAUGAAUGAUGGCUAUGCACCACCUGGUAUAACCAACUCUUCUCAGCCUGUUGAUAACCAUGUUAGCCCAUCUUCCUACUUGGGCCAGACACCAGCAUCACCAGCCAGAUACUCACCCGUUUCAAAAGCAGUGCUUGGUGAUGAUGAAAUUACAAGGGAACCUAGAAAAGUUGUUCUUCAUCGUGGCUCAACGGGCCUUGGUUUCAACAUUGUAGGAGGUGAAGAUGGAGAAGGAAUAUUUAUUUCCUUUAUCUUGGCUGGAGGACCUGCUGACCUUAGUGGAGAACUCAGAAAAGGAGAUCGUAUUAUAUCGGUAAACAGUGUUGACCUCCGAACUGCCAGCCAUGAGCAAGCAGCGGCCACUUUGAAAAAUGCUGGCCAAGCUGUGACAAUUGUUGCACAGUAUCGACCUGAAGAAUACAGCCGUUUUGAAGCCAAAAUACAUGACUUACGGGAGCAGAUGAUGAACAGUAGCAUUAGUUCAGGAUCUGGUUCUCUUCGAACUAGCCAGAAGCGAUCCCUCUAUGUCAGAGCCCUUUUUGAUUAUGACAAGACUAAAGACAGUGGCCUUCCCAGUCAGGGGCUGAACUUCAAAUUUGGAGAUAUCCUCCAUGUUAUUAAUGCUUCUGACGAUGAAUGGUGGCAAGCCAGGCAGGUUACACCAGACGGUGAGAGUGAUGAAGUUGGGGUGAUUCCCAGUAAACGCAGGGUUGAGAAGAAAGAACGAGCCCGAUUAAAAACAGUGAAAUUCAAUUCUAAAACAAGAGGAGAUAAAGGGCAGUCAGUCAAUGACAAGCGUAAAAAGAACCUCUUUUCCCGAAAAUUCCCCUUCUACAAGAACAAGGACCAGAGUGAGCAGGAAACAAGUGAUGCUGACCAGCAUGUAACUUCUAAUGCCAGCGAUAGUGAAAGUAGUUACCUAAUCUUGAUUACAGAUGAGAAUGGCUGCUCAAAAGGUGGUCAAGAAGAAUAUGUCUUAUCUUAUGAACCAGUGAAUCAACAAGAAGUUAAUUAUACUCGACCAGUGAUCAUAUUGGGACCUAUGAAAGACAGGAUAAAUGACGACUUGAUCUCAGAAUUUCCCGACAAAUUUGGAUCAUGUGUUCCUCAUACAACUAGACCAAAACGAGAUUAUGAGGUAGAUGGAAGAGACUAUCAUUUUGUGACUUCAAGAGAGCAGAUGGAAAAAGACAUCCAAGAACAUAAAUUCAUUGAAGCUGGCCAGUAUAACAACCAUCUGUAUGGGACAAGUGUUCAGUCUGUGCGAGAAGUAGCAGAAAAGGGCAAACACUGUAUCCUUGAUGUGUCUGGAAAUGCCAUAAAGAGAUUACAGAUUGCACAACUUUACCCAAUCUCCAUUUUUAUUAAACCCAAAUCCAUGGAAAAUAUCAUGGAAAUGAAUAAGCGUCUAACAGAAGAACAGGCCAGAAAGACGUUUGAGAGAGCCAUGAAACUGGAGCAAGAAUUUACUGAACAUUUCACAGCUAUUGUACAGGGAGAUACGCUGGAAGACAUUUACAACCAAGUGAAGCAGAUCAUAGAAGAGCAGUCUGGUCCUUACAUCUGGGUUCCAGCAAAAGAAAAGUUAUGAGGACUGAUGUUUCUGUUUCUCUUUUCCACCGUCUUAUUUUCUUUGACUCUUCUUUGCCCUUUCCUUCUGGAGUCUGUCUUCGGUACUCCUCCCGUGUUGCACCAUAUCCCACUCAUCAUGGUCUGCAGCUACACUUACUUUUGACAUCUAGUGUCUCCUUCCAGUUGUAGCAUCUGUAUUAUUUUCUAUCACUGUUGGUUCGUGGCCAUUUUUCAGAACUGAAGAUGGAAUGGCCUGACCAGCUAUUAAGGAUUUGGGGAGAUGGGGAAAUUGUGGUAGAAUUCCUUAAUGUUUAAGGGAAAGUAACUUUAAGAGAUUUUCAGAAAAGCUUUAUAUACAUUCUUUUCAAAUUUCAGUAUAAAUGAAAGAACAGUGGUUUUAAUCAGUGAUUUAGUAAACUUUGAGCAACAAUGCACGCUUAACUUUAAUAGCAUGGUUUGGCCAAUGUAUUAGCUUUCAAGUCCUUUCUCAAUUGACUUCUGUUAUCAAAGCAAAUAUUUCAUUAUAGGAAUAUAUAAGGAAAUAUAUGUUUUUUAAUUUCAAAAUUAAUGUCUGGGUUAACUUUCAUAAUUUCACAAGGGAUAUUCAUUUUUCAUAAGAGUUCUUAAAGUCUUUUAUUGUUUGAGUGUUUUUUUUUCUGAUACAUUUGCUAGGAAUAGCAAUGUUUAAAUGUUUUUAAUCUACUUGUGCAACACUAUUUAUAGUGUCUUCCAAAAGUUGUUGAUACAUAAUGAUCAUCACAUUUUCUGAAUUGAGGCCAUGUUUAGGUGCUAGGGGAGCUCA